GUUAUCAACCACCAUAUAAAAUUUACAUGAGUGAGGAUAUUGUCGUAGAUACAACGACACCUAUGGUGUCCACUUCCAAUGAUACAAUGGAUCAGGAUGAUGUACCAGUUUUUGCUCCUGCGAAGAAGACAGCCACCGCUGGCCCAGAUUUGAAAGGCCAAACGAGACGUGUACUUAUCCCAGGUCAUAGAAUGUCCCCAUUGAAAAAAGACUGGGUCAACAUAUAUGGUCCACUCGUAGAAAUGUUGAAAUUACAGGUCAGGAUGAACCCACAGAAGAGAGCUGUUGAAUUGCGUUCUUCUAAGCACACAAAAGACGCUGGUCACCUUCAAAAAGGUGCCGAUUUCGUCAAAGCUUAUGCCCUCGGUUUCGCAGUAGAAGACGCUAUAGCGCUCAUGAGACUUGAUGAUCUUUACAUUGAUAGCUUUGAGAUCAAAGAUGUUAAAACUCUCCACGGUGAUCAUCUUUCACGUGCUAUUGGUAGAAUUGCUGGUCAGAACGGUAAAACUAAGUUUGCUCUCGAAAACGCAACACGUACGAGAAUCGUUUUGGCUGAUACACACAUUCAUAUCCUUGGUGCAUUCAAUAACUGCAAACUCUGUAAAGAUUCCAUAUGUAGUCUUAUCUUAGGUAGUCCCCCAGGAAAAGUUUACAACCACCUUAAAGUCGUCGGCGCAAGACUCAAGCAAAGAUUCUAGAUUGCAUCACUUAAACCUUCUGUAUUGUUUUAUCACUCAAUUUUCACUUUUUGUUGGAUUUUCAUUGCACAUAUAUUAUUUAUAAGAAGAAAAGUAACAGAUACAACAAGCUUUUUAAUUAUACAAUCUAGUUAUCUUAAUUUGAAAAUACCAAUUAAUCUAACUUGAACUUGACUUUUCCUUCGCAACGACCCCCCUGAACGCACUUCUGAGACGUUUUAUGAAUGUGUAGAAGCCACGUGAAUUGUUGAGAUCUCUAACGAAUUUGUCUAGCUCCUCUGGACGCGGCGAACAUGACUCGACCCUAUAAUCCGCUUCACUCAAGUCAAGUUCCAAUGUGAAUUGACGGUCUGGUUCACGAUCGUCUAUUUGUGAGAAAUUUAGUAUAAUAAAGUCAGGCUUAUCGCUUCUAAGCUUUAAGCCUAACUUCUGCUCAAAGAAGGCCAAUUCAGGCGCGUUUCUUGCAGCUUGACCGUCUAAGGUCUUCUUCUCGGCUUCUAUCAUAGCUUUAUGCUUGUUGAUUCUCUCCCUAUACUCCUCAAUCUCAGCAAUCAUACCAUCCCGGUUGGUAGAAUGUGAACGCAUUUCUCUCAUAUAAUUGCUGAUCUGGUCCUUCAUCUCCUGUACUUCCUGUCUUUCACGUUCAAUAUCCUUCACAACUUCGAACUCUUCCUUCUUUAAAUUUUCGAUAUUCUCCUUUAUCCGACUUUGAUUUUCCUUCUCCUCGUUGAGUGACUUCGCGUGCUCUGCUUUACGCUUUAUUAUACGUUCUUUAACAUCACUGGAGUGUGCUUCUAAAGCGAGCUGCAAUCCUGCCAUACGCUGUCUCGCUCUUUCCAAUUUCAGCACUCGCUGGUGAUCAUCUACUAUACCCUCA